AUGCCCCUUUUAGGAUUGCGCACAAUCGCAAUAUUCGUAUCCGUCCUUCAUCUGUCAGAAUGCGCAACAUCGAGUGGCGACGAGUCUUCUGGCAAUCCUCCUGCCAACAUUUCUUCUCAGGAUCUCGACGAAAGAUUCUCAUUAGAAGGUCCAAUCCUAUUCCCUGAACACGAUCCGGAUGUUUGUACAGCUCCGAGCGAUGCGAGCGGGGUUUGUGUCGAACUCAAAUUCUGCCCCGCACUCAGGAGAGUCAACCUCCGUCACCUUAACAAGUUCAUAUGCAGUUAUCAGGGUUCUACGCCGCUCUUAUGUUGUGAGGGACUUGAGCGGCCUCAACCGAUCCCGGAGCCUCAGCCAUCUCCCCAGCCUCAACCGGUUGAUGACCGUCCACCGAGACCCGAUUUCUUGCCGGCAGAGUGUGGGAUCGGUGCUCUACAAGCGAAUCGUAUAGUCGGUGGGCAGGAAGCAGCUAAGGGUGCCUAUCCGUGGAUCGUGGCCGUAUUCGUCCUUCUCAAUAACCAAAAACUCCACAUAUGCGGAGCAGCCCUAGUGUCUCCUCGGCACAUUGUGUCGGCCGCUCACUGCUUCUUCGAUGGCUCUCGCCCAAUCCCGUACCAGAUCUACCGGAUGAGAAUUGGAGAUCACGACAUCACAAGGGACGAUGAAAUACAGGGCACGCUCGAGCUCCCCAUCCUGAGCUAUAAGACUCAUCCUGAAUACGUGCGAAAAACAUAUUUGAACGACAUCUCGCUCAGUUACCUUGCUCAGGAUGUCCAAUUCACGAAAACGAUACAGCCGGUUUGCCUACCGUACACUGGAUUCCAACAGGAUCUCACGUCCGCCAGAGCGAUAGUAGCUGGCUGGGGUUACACAGCUUACCAGGGCGGCUCGAGCAACCCGGUUUUGAAAGACACAGAUAUUCCCGUGUGGUCGCUAGAGGAGUGCGCAAAAGCUUUCAAAGCAGAGCUCAACGUCACGGACAGAUAUCUCUGCGCCGGUGAUCCGGCUGGGAAGACGGACUCCUGUCAGGGAGAUUCUGGUGGUCCGCUGAUACUCUGGGGCGAGGAUAAUCGUUUCUACCUGAUGGGCGUCGUCUCCUUCGGCAAGCGGUGCGCCACACCAGGAUACCCCGGGGCCUACACUAGAGUAACGAAACAGCUGAGAUGGCUGAACGAUAAUUUCUAG